UCAAGUUCUUGAAUUCUUGGGUGUAUAAUAAUUGUUAUUGGCACUGAACCCAAAAGCUAAAGAACAAAAAGAGCUUUCUUCUUCUGCUUCUGACUCUUAUUGAAACUCCCUAAGCCCUUUUCCAGAAUCCCACUCUACUUUUUCCAGACACCAUUCUUGGGCUUUGCUUCUCUACGUCAGUUCUUUCUCCUUUUUCCCCUUCACACACACUAUAUAUUUUGUCUCCCAGCUUUUUGUUUCAGCCUCUUCUGCCAAUUCAAAAACAAAAAGAUGCAUGCUUUAUUUUGAAUACAAGUUAAAAUCUUGGAGCACAGAGAAGCAAUUUUCAUUCUUGAAAUGGAGAAGUUGCAAUCUCUUGGUUUGUAUACCUUGGUGGGAAUCAUGUUCUUGAUGUUUCAAGUAGAAGGCAGUGUUGCUGAAACUCUUCUUGAAAGUGACAAGAAUGCAUUGCUUGAUUUUGUGAACAAGCUUCCUCAUUUGAGGUCUUUGAACUGGAGUGAGGAGCUUCCAGUGUGCAGAAACUGGACUGGGAUUUCUUGCAGUGAGGAUGGGAGUAGAGUGGUAUCUGUAAGGCUACCAGGGGUGGGAUUCCAAGGACCCAUUCCAGAGAACACAUUGAGCAGGCUAUCAGCAUUGCAGAUCUUGAGCCUCAGAUCCAAUGGCAUUAAUGGGACUUUCCCACUGGACUUUGGUAACCUCAAGAAUUUAACCUCACUUUAUCUUCAGUACAACAAUUUCUCUGGUCCAUUGCCUUUGGAUUUCUCUGUUUGGAGGAACUUGAGUGUUGUUAACCUGUCAAACAAUGGGUUUAAUGGCCACAUUCCUAGUUCAUUUUCUAGUUUGAAUCAGCUUACUGCUUUGAAUCUUGCUGAAAACUCACUCUCCGGUGAGAUUCCUGAUUUGAAUUUGCCAAACUUGCAGUUGCUUAACCUGUCAGGCAAUAAUCUUGUUGGUAGUGUGCCUAGAUCACUUCAGAGGUUCCCAAAGUCAGUGUUUGUGGGUAAUAGUGACUCUUUAUUGGAUUACACUGUGACUAGCUCUCCUCUUGUUUUGGCCCCUCAUGAACAAAAUCUGAAAACCAAGAAUGUAGGGGGACUGAGUGAAAGGGCAUUGCUUGGAAUUGUAGUAGCUGGUUCUGUUCUUGGGAUUCUUGGUUUUGGUUUUAUGUUGCUUGUUUGCUUAGUUAGGAGAAAGACGGUCGACGGGCUUGGUGGGGAAUUUGAGAAAGGGGAUAUGUCACCGGGGAAGGUGAUCUCACGGAGCCAAGGUGCGAGUAAUAAGUUGGUUUUCUUUGAGGGAUGUAACUAUGCUUUUGAUUUGGAGGAUUUGUUGAGGGCUUCUGCUGAAGUGUUGGGGAAAGGUACGUUUGGGACGGCGUAUAAGGCGAUCCUGGAAGAUGGGACGAUGGUGGUGGUGAAGAGGUUGAAGGAUGUGACCGCUGGGAAGAGAGAUUUCAAGCAACAAAUGGAUGUAAUUGGGAGGAUCAAGCAUGAGAAUGUGACUGAGCUGAGGGCUUACUAUUACUCAAAGGAUGAGAAGCUCAUGGUUUAUGAUUAUUACAGUCAGGGCAGUUUGGCGUUGAUGUUACAUGGUAAACAGGGAGAAAAUACGAUUCCUCUAGACUGGGAAACCCGACUCAAGAUAGCCAUUGGCGCUGCCAGAGGCAUUGCUCGUGUCCACGCAGAAAACAAUGGGAAGCUAGUCCACGGAAACGUCAAAUCAUCGAACGUGUUUCUGAAUCCUCACCAAUUCGGUUGUGUAUCAGAUCCUGGCCUGUCGGCAGUAAUGAGUGCAUUGGCUCUGCCAAUCGCUCGUGCUGCUGGCUAUCGGGCUCCAGAGGUGACAGACACAAGAAAAUCAACGCAGCCAUCCGAUGUCUAUAGCUUUGGAGUGAUACUACUAGAACUACUCACCGGUAAGUCCCCCAUCCACAUGACUAACGGAGAUGAGGUCAUCCACUUGGUCCGGUGGGUCCAUUCGGUAGUCCGAGAAGAGUGGACCGCAGAAGUCUUUGACGUUGAGCUGCUAAGGUAUCCCAAUAUAGAGGAAGAGCUGGUAGAAAUGUUACAAAUAGGUAUGUCGUGUGUGGUAAGAAUGCCAGACCAGAGACCUAAGAUGUCGGAAGUAGUUAAAAUGGUCGAAAAUGUCCGACCGUCACUUUCCAAGAAUCCGGCAUAUUCAGACGCUAAGUCUGAAAACUCGACACCAAUGCCUCCAUCACCCGGUGCGUGAGGCAGCUUUUCCUCUCGAUCCGAGUGCUGAAAUCGCUGCCGAAUUAUAUGUUCACCACCUUGGUGAUCCCAUGUUUAAGGAAGAGUUGGUUGGUAUAUUGAUGAUCAAAUAGCUACAUUUUAGUUGAACAUAUAUGUACGUGGAGCAUUGAGCAAAGAGAUUAGUGUGAGAGUAUGUUUCUUACAUCUACCAUAUGUUUUUUCUCUAGUUACUGAUGAUGUCUUCAUCUGAAUGUUCCUGUUCUUGUCCAUGCCACCAAUUUUAUGUUGAUCUGAUGUCCUCAUUUGUGAGGCAAAAAUAAUUUAAGUUCAAGAUUCCUUG